AUGCUCAGUUUAGUGUGUAUGGCUAGAGAGUUUUUUUUCCUUUGGGAGAGUGCAUGUGAUCAGCACAGAGCCAAUCAGCACUGUCCAGGCACAGCGUCAGGGGUUAUGCACUUCAGAGCAGAAUGAAAAUCUCCUCCUACAAGUUUUAACCAGUGCUCAGCUGAACACUGAUAGAAGUCACAAGACUGCCAUAUACUGCUGAUGGGAAAAGGUAUUUAGCAGUUUAUAUUUACUAAAAUAAUUGAAUUUUAUGUUAUGUGUACUGUGGAAGACCAGAUAUAGCGAAUGCAGGGUCCUGGG